GCACGCGCCUGCCGACGUUGGACGAGUGAGACCCGUUCCUGAGAGCAGUUUUCCUCCUCGGAGGCGGCAGCAACCUAAGUUAGUGUGGAGAGCUAUUGCUGCACGGACGCUCCGCUCGCACUCCUCGUUGCCAUGAUAAAGUCGUCGCUUCCGCCGCGCACCUGCCACUGCUGCCCUCGCUCCAGCACUCCCUCGUCGCGCACUCGCUCCGUCCAACUCUCGCUUCGACACUCCAUCGACGAGCCUCUGCAACACAACUCCAUCGAUAUCCAUUGACCACUGCAGCUGCAAACCCAAAAAGAUCCACCCCCAUCCAUCAAUCCAACCCUCGUCCCCACGGUCACCAUGUUCCGCACCACCCUCGCCGUCGCCUUCGCGGCCCUGUCCGCUGUCGCCAGCGCCCAGAACUACUCCACAUCGGGCAACCUGAGCAUCACCGCCAGCGAGGUCCCCUCCUCGCUCAGAGCUUCGUGGUGCCGUGGACAGACCAUUGCUUGCCCACAGAUCUGCGGCGGCCGCGCCGAGACCAACACUUGCGAUGCUGAACAAUUGACAUACGACUGCUCCUGCCCCGAUGGCGAAGCCCGCAACAUCUCCGACUACACCCAGACCCUGCCCUUCUUCAUCUGCGAGCAGUGGAGGACCAACUGCGUCCUGAGCCACCCCGACGACCGCGACGGACAGGCUGCUUGCGAGUCGGUCACUUGCGGCACACAGAACGCCACCGAGGCCGAGGGCGGCGACAGCUCUUCUGCUUCUGCCAGCGCUACCCCAACCUCCUCCUCGACCGGCAGUGAAGAGACCGGAGCCAGCGAGACCACUGGCACCGAGUCCUCGGCUACUCCAUCCGCCUCCGACAGCGCUGCCAUUCACCUUGCUCAGAACUACGGCACCGGUAUCCUUGUCACAGGACUCCUCGCCGUGUUCGGCUUGGCCAUGUAAGAGGGUUGUGAUGGAAAGUGCGGCACACGUAAUGGAUUUUGGUAAUGUCAUUGAGCGAAGCGGUACGGCAAUUUUUCACGGCAGUACCCAUCCAGGAAAAGAUGCAUUCGAGAUGAAGAUGUUAACGGGUCAUGAGUUACGGCAACUUGUUUAAUUGUAGUAAUUCCAAAAAAGAAUGCAUUGAGUUUCUACCCGCG